AUGACAGCGUGUGUUACGACCAGUGCCAGCACUGCGGCCCCGGCCCUGAAUAAGAGUACGAUAUCGUUGACGGGGCCAUUCGGCGAUUGGCGAGAUGAGCUGCUAUCCAACGGCUAUGUUGUACUCAAAGGGGUUAUUCCUCUCGAAAGAGCUCAAUAUUACCAGCAAAAGGCACUGAGCUGGCUUCAGUCAUUCAGUACAUCAUUGGAUUAUGCCAACCCUUCGACAUGGACAGAGAACAAUCUUCCGGCGGACACCAGAAACAACCUUUUUAACAAGUACUGCGUCAGCCAUGAGAAGUUUAUGUGGGAAGCACGGAUGGAGCCCAAGGUUCUGGAGGCAUUCAGUAAGAUAUGGGGCACUGAAGAACUGCUUGUCUCCUUCGAUGCAUUGAAUAUCACGUUGCCGGACAAGACCAAACCGGUACAGAAACCCUGGCCCCAUGUUGACCAGUCUCCAUUCCGACGCGGACUUCACUGUGUCCAAGGAAUUAUCAAUCUCAGUCCUGCUGGGCCGGAUGAUGGAUCUUUGAUCGUGGUUCCCAAGUCCAACACUGUGACAGAGAGCUACUUCGAUACCCAGACUGAUCUCGCAACCUGGACGAAAAAGGAUUUCCGGCUUUUUGACGAGGUAGAGAUGGAAUGGUUCAAAACACAACACGGUGUGAAACCUAUCAAAGUUCUUGCAGAACCUGGCGACUUGAUUCUCUGGGAUUCACGGACUAUUCACUGGGGUGGAGAGCCCACAAGCAAGAGUGAUACCAUUCGAACUGUCAUUUAUGUAUCUUAUUCCCCAGCCAACUUAGCAUCCCAGGAAUCUCUACAAGAGAAGCAACGGGCUUUCAUGUCCUAUAGAGCUACCACACAUUGGGCGCAUGAUAACAUUGUUCUUCGAGAUCCGGUGGUCUAUCUACCUGAUGGCACGGUAGACUCACGAAACCGCACAGCGCCGUUGGAAGAAGCAUCGCAUACCGACCAGCUACUAUGUUUGGCAGGGAUGAAGCCCUAUCCUUGA